AUGAAACACAUCAGCACUCGCAACCAUGUCUCCUUCUUUCCUGCCACCAAAAGACCAUUAAAUACUCACAGACAGUUCUUGCGCCGAGGUCUUUGCUAUAGUUCAUUGUGCUUUUCUUCCCAUAGCCACGGGCGUUUGUGUUCUCUUGGAAUUUCUCAGAGAUAUUGUCUCUUUCAAACGCGACUUGCGUUUCGUGGAAGUAAAAAUCUUAAAGUUACUCCAGCACCAAUAUCAGAUGCUACUGCUGUACCAUCUAAAUUUUCCUCUUCAGUACCAUCAGCCACUUCUUUUCUAUUGUCAUCUGAGAAAAACAUCAAUGAAGUCUCUGAAGAACAAACGAAGACUAGUAGGACCAAUUCUAAGAUUGAGUCACGAUCCAAAAAUCAAGCACCUAAAAGGCCGCGCCAACAGAAUAAACGUAAGGAGACACCGGCAGUCGCUUGCUUACCUACAAAAAUAGAGGUCGAUGCUGAGGCUACCGUAAGUGAGUGUCAAUUCCUUAUGGAUAUCAAUGCCUCUUUUUAUCCUAUGUAUCUACCAUACAAUAAAGAUACUAUUGGCGUCGCUGCGUUGGCUAGGAAUUCCAACUCUUGUAUUGACACCUUUGCUCACACUUCAUCUUCAACUGCUAGCAAAACUUCCUUGGAAGGCCCCACAGCAUUUUUAGCAGAAAUUUUGAAAGCCCCUCAUAAAUAUCCACAGAUGCAUGUGCUUUUUCACAUGUCUCACCAUCAGUACAGUUCAACACCACGCCGUGGUCGAAUUGGCAUUCUCCCCGUAGUAGAGGUAAAGCUCACUAACUUGUCUAAUAUUCUUUGUGGUGUUGACAGCGAUUAUACUUUUUCGGUAUUUCUUUCCUUUCUACGCAUGUAUCGACGACUAUCAAGUCAGUCAAUGUGGAUGACGGCGUUUUAUCAUCGGCUUUUAGAAGAGUUUCUAUUCGAGGCAUCGCAAGUCUGGUCUAAAAUCUUUACCGAUGAGCUGAAAGUCCAAGGUAAACAUCAUAUUGUACGUCAGUGUGCGUGGGUGAUGCUGGAGCUGUACUGCAUCCAACUAGACCUCACAAAGCGCUCUCAGAUAAGGAUCCUCAACAGUAAAAAUAGUUCCAGGUCCGCUUCGGCUAUGGAUAAAGCUAUUGUAAAGACGUCUCUGUCAAAAAAGAAUUCACAGGAAGUACUAGCCCCUGUUAAGACUGUACAGGAAGUAGAAAUGCAAACGGUUAAGUCUGACUUGAAGGUUGAUGCCAUACAAUAUUUUCUAGAGGGUGUGGUGCAGGUGAUUCUUGAUAAGAUCGUAGGGGUCUCAAUUGAUAUCGACCCUUUAUUUGCAUCUAACAGUAUUUUAGAGUUAUCCUUUCGCUACUACUUUGCUUUACUGGCUGUUGAGCUUAGAAAAGGAGUCUUCUGUGGGCAUUGGACCGAAGGGUCAAAAAAUAUUAUGAAGCCUAAGGCUAAUGAAGGCAAGGACAAUGCUCUUGUCUUAGGAAAGUGGAAUAAAAUAGCAGAAGAAAGACGCAAUGAAAUAAAAAAUAAAUUUUCGAAUUACGUUCGGGUUGAUCCAGCAGACACUGGCUCCGUUUCGAUAGAUACUUUCAAUUCGUAUCUAGAAGAUGCUUUUAUGGCCUUGCAUAUCACUAAAACUUUUACUCUUAUAGUACCGCAUGAUUUUCAACAGUAUGUGCAAAUGCAAGUUACACGCAUCCUUCAUCUGUCCUGUCGUGCAGUGCGGUUUCGGCCAGAUAUUUUUCUAUUCCUGUGCUCGGAAACUUUUGCCUACCAACUUGACCAGUUGAAGGAGUGGCCUGGAAGCCCUUAUUCCCAAAUGUGUACAGACAUUUUCGCAGCAGCAGCUGUUUUUUUGAAAUUGCGCGAAGGGUCUCUCUUAACUUUGUUGGAUAAAAAGGAGCAAGCAAGACGGGCAGCUCUCCGAGCCUCAAACCCUGGGCUUUCAGAUGACCAACUCCCACCCCGACCGCUUCUGCACGGCUCUGCUGCGCAGCUUUUCUACGCUAUGCUAUGUGUAGGCUACGCCCCAGAGGUAGUUCUUCAAAAUGCGGUGUAUCUUUCCAUGGAUUCUAUCGAGUUUGUUAGUAUAGCUGCCGCAACAGCACUCUUUUCGAGAUCUUUCGCCACGAAACCACUGCCGGUUAGCAUAAGAACUACUCUUAUGGAUGCGGCUAAUGCAUUCAUAGGAAUAUGCAUCAAAAGCACCAGGCGACUGGCGAUUUUGCACACCGAGACGGCGAUGAAAACCGCAAUAGGACAAAUAAGCCUUUCUACUAGGCUUGAGCAUCUUAAUAUGCAGGAUUCCAGAACCAACCACACAUGCUUAUGUGUGUCUACAUCAAAAUUUGACAACUCGGGAAGGACCAAUAUUAAUUUCGAAAAAUCAAAGUCAAGAAAGGGGACAACUAUAAUCGGUGAUGCAAAUCAGCCACAGAUUACUGAAGUUCUGACGCAAACUGAGAUGACUCAACUAGUGGACAAGACUUUGUAUAUAGUUCUCAGCGUUGCUGUAGAAUUCCUCACGCGUGGUGAUGAGACUAUAUCGAGGAAUAUGAUUCUCAAUUUCUUUCCUAUUUUAGAAAGAGAAGGUUCUACAGUGUACUUGGUAGAGGCACUAGAGGUGCUCACAAUGAAGAUUAACAAGCGUCUUGCUCAUGUUGGGGCAAUGGAGAUUCGAACCGACCACAUUAAAGAUGAAAACUCCUGUAUUUACCGCAAUAGUCAGGAACGUGUCACGACAUUGUCCAUGGAACAGGGUUUAUCCGAGGUAGUUAGUCUCUUCCAACAGCGGGUCUCUGCUACCAUCUUUCACCGACUUACUGGGAACUCAAAUAAGAACGCGUACCCCCCGUUGCGUUCUCUUAAUUCAGAAUCGACAACUUCCCAAACAUUUUCAUUACCUUCAGAUCCACUUCCUGGUGGAACAAAUAAGGGUAGUAUUAAGAAUGAAACCAUUACUACCGCAUCCAAUGAAGUGAUAGCAGGUCCUGUUUUAUCCGUCGUUGCUAUUCUGGAGCUUAUUUUUCGCUUCACGGUGUGUGCCGUGAUCUGCGGUAUGGAUAUGAACACCGUUAAACAACUCACUUCUGUUCAUACAAUGCUUCUGAAGGCUAAGGAUAGUGGUGGAGUAUUCAGCUCUGGUUCUGGCAAAAAAGCACCAACGGUUGCCAACACAACAUCUGAUGCUUUCCUUUGUCAAGACCAACCGACAGAUGGUAUUAUUUGUACUGCUUUUCAGGUAGUGGAGCAGCUUGAUCAACUCAUGACUUGUGUAACUGAGAAGCAAUUUCUCAUCACACGACAUCCACAAUCUGCCCACACGCGCACGACCAAUAUCGCCCUAAACCAUAUUGUUGGCGUAAACCUCAAAUCCAUUCCCGUCAUGGGAACUUCUUUUUACAUUCCAAGGAAUUCCCCCAAUCAGAGUAUAUCAUCUCUGUCGAAAAGACAGCAGCGCUUUGCGCUGUCAGUCAUUCAUUUGCUUUUUCGCCUUUCCACGAAUUAUCCCGUUGAGGCAGAGCCGAUGGCACUCAGAGUCUUUCGUACCGAUGUACUUGACCCUGUUGUUGCGCAGGUACUUCAUGAGGGCGUUUCCAACCCAUCAUCUAAUGUGGAGCACGACCAUGGUAGUGAACUUACCCUUACAAUUCUCACUGAAAUUGCCGUUGUAAUGUGUGUACCACACACCAUCCAUCUUGUUUCACGAGAUCUUUAUACCAGACUUUCUAGCAUGGUUGUAAAAAUAAUGAAAAAUAGCCGGCGCAAUGACUCCCGCAGCUUCGUAACAGGUUUAAUUGUCCAGAGACUUCUCUGUGCUUCUAGUACGGUUUGCCUUCGAGGAGACGCUCAGUUCACAACGUGUUUUAUUGAAAUACUUCAAGCUACAGAAUCACAUCUCACAUUGCGGCAAACUGUACAUGUUCUAGAUGAAAUUCUUGCGUUCCAGGUUCCCACCGACUCAGCUCCAGUUAGCAGGAUGCUGCAACGCCUCGUACAGGCCCUGUCGGAGAUGCAUCCAAAAAACGGACGGCCGAUGCUGUCGCUUCAAGAUUGCAUUGCUACCCUGCGUACUUUAGCUCGGUAUGACGGUAUAAUCUCCGCCGAUACAUCAGCUACUGAGCCACUCUCAAGCAGAGAUAGAAAAAACGGCAGCAACAGUAAUAAUAUUGGCAGUAAAAACUCAGGCCUGAAACUCAUGGUGCCUUAUGGGUUGACCUUUGAACGACUUUGUCGCCCCGAAAAUACUCAACGACAACGUAUCACCUUGUCUGAAUAUGGGGAGUUGGUUCACAUCGCUGCUGUCCUCAGCCGUCGCACCGAUGCAAUUGAAACCUGUGAUCCGGUAGAAAAAGAGUUGAUAUUAAAAUUGCCCCGUCUAUUUUCAGUGCCUGUGCUUCAAUCUCCGCAGGCUGGUAUGGAGCAUGACACCCCAGCGGUGAUCAGAGGCUACGCUGAGGUUACAAACGACGAGGCUGUGCGUGCGCAAGUUCUGCGUGCUUUUAUCUCGCGUACUAUUUACGCCUGCCCUGCGCUAUCUCCUGAGGAAGUUGUACAAUGUGUUGAGGGGUACUGUGCCGCUGGGAUUUACCACGAAUAUCUUUUCAGCGUCUUGCUUGGGCGUGUUGCGGAUAUUACACAGCGCUUCUCGUUGGAUUUGUCUUUGCGCCUGCUUCGCUGUGGCAUCCGUUCGGGUCAUCCUCUUGUGAAGACGGCAUGCGUGACGGCCGCAAAACCUGUUUUUAUGGUGCAUGUGCGACAUAUCUUACAAAGCGAUCCGAGUUUCAUUACCUCAGUUGGAUUGACUUCCACCACCAUUCUGCGGUGUCUCCGAGACUGCUUCCCACGGGAGCCCAUCAGCGCUGCGGUUCUCGAGAAUAUUGCGGCACACAAGCAGGGAAUGAGCAGUAUUGUGGUGAUCAAGGCCGCAUUAGAGCUGAUAGCGGUUAGAGGGUCGCAGGACUAUAAUACGCUACGUACACUGGCUGACUACACCACUUCCGAGCUUAUCUGCGUUAGUAACUCACAUGAUCUCUCAGAUUUAGUGUUCCUUCUUGUAGACUGUGGUGUACGCUCCGGUGCGCUUCUAACGAGUACCACCACACGGUUCAGUGAGCUUCGUCGAGAAGCAGAUGGCUACACUAUAGCACGUAUAAUGGAGGCUCUUCAACGUGGCUGUAUUGAUGUCGGCAAUACACUCUUUUUGCAGCUUGUUGAUCGCAUCCGAGAGCUUCUCGAUGUAUUUCUCUAUUCCGCUAAUGAUUUACGCUCUAAGAAAAAAGACAGUGUGAGGGUGAUAAGCGUCCACCACGAAGAUAUGAUGAGACCUUUUACUGUGUCACAAGUCUCUAUUAUACUGAACCAAUUAUAUGCUGGUGAAAAGCAUCAUUUACCGACCGUUAUGCCUGUAGUUGACGCACUACUCAUAUAUCUUUCACGUUUAUGGAAUGAUGACAAGAUUUCUGCAAUUGAUGGGGACUACAGCACCUCUGGGCUAGCAGCCAGGGAGGUCGAAACAAUUCUUCGUAGUUGUGUGGAGCAAGCAAGUCACCCUGAAGCGCAUCGUGACGUUUUGCGUGCAUGUGCUGAUCAGUUAAAUCGCCUUCUCGAUGUUUCGCAGCAUCAGCACCCUUCUCAUGAUCUUUCUACGCGAGAGGGGGAUGUUGUUAAUGAUGAAGCGCAAGGAACUGCUGACGCUUCAGUUGGCGAUGUUCUUUUUAAUGAUUAUGUCAGCAACACCGCACUUCGUUCGGUUGACUGCACAUCACUAAACAAUGCAACUGGUGCCCUCUGGCGCGGCGAUCUGUUGAUGCUUGUUAACCUUGCAAGUUUUCUCACUCGUGGUGGUGAAGUUGAACAUCCAGUACUCUGUCGUAUUUUUACGCUAGUUUUUGAUAAGCGGGCAAUUUUAUUAAAGCGUCACUUGUUAUUCGAAACAGUGAAGCAAACUAUGAAAGCUGCAGGUGAAGAAAUACAUCCUGCGCUGCAUAGUUUUGUUCUUAAGGGUAAGCUUCUGUAG